AUGCACAUUUUUGUUAGAACAUUCAGUGGGAAGAUCAUCACAUUGGAUGUUGAGAGUUCAGAUAAGAUACAAACUGUGAAAGCUAAAUUAAAGGAGAAGGAAGGUAUUCUUUUGGAACAACAACGCCUGAAACUCGAUUCUAAUUAUUUGAUAGAUAUUCAUAGCCUUUCAGAUUACAAUAUCCAGAAUGAAUCAACACUUGAGCUUGAGCUUAUAGGUGGAGAAGAGAAGACAUUGGCUGACUGGUUAUAUAAUGGAAACACACAUGAAGAUGAAGAGAAUAGGGCAUUAGCCUAUGAAAACAUGCAGAGGAAAUCCAAACUUAGGUAUUUUUGUGGAUGUUCUGUAAUAAGAGGGAGAAGAAGGUUGUUGAAGAAUGAGAUCUAA